AAGCCUUUCUCUGGACUGUAAUUACAGAACUUUUGUCUCCCGGUGCUUCUACGCCACUGGCGUAAUUCAGAGUAUGCUUUUCAUGGUGAUUAUGCUUGUUAAGAGAGAUUGGGUAUUCAGUGUAUUAGGCAGAACUAUAGUUGUGAGUUUGUGGCUUAAGCAUUCUGAUCUCUUUGAGCCUUUAGUCCAAUGAGGCAGUCAUUUGUGAGCAAGGAAUCAAAUAUGUCUCUCAUGUGAACACUUUAAGUAAAUAACUGAAGAAAGUACUCCAGCAAAAUAAGGGAGUAAAAUAAUGUUGGCUCAAAAUGAGGUCGAAAAGUUGCAGGGCUCGGAUCGUGUUGCUAUAGGAAUAAAUCUGGGAGUUCUCAAGGUGUAGCUAAUAUUUAACGUCCAGAGAAGGUAGUGUAUAUUCCAUAGCCUCAUGCAAAGGACUUUCAACAACAAAGAGGACCCAGUUAAGGAGACCGAAAAGGUGGGGCCUGUAUGAAAAGGCACAGCAACGACUGUAAAACUUCCCCAAUAAUACUCUAAUAACACUUCUACUUGUCAUUUAUCUAAAACUGUCCCACAGCUUAACUUUGAAAAUUCAAAACCAUUCAAUUCAGCUCUCAGAUUUGUGUGAGAAAUAACGAGAUACUUGCAGCUCAGAAAAAGAAAAACAACUAUCUAGAAAGCGACUGCUUUAUCCCCCACUGUAAACUAUACCACUGUGGCCCGGGAUCCUUGUUCGACUCCUAGCCAAGGCGUUCCCGCUGCGUUUCUGUUAGGUUAUCCCAAACCUGAUAGAAUACUACCGCCCUCCCUGCCUCCGGUCGAAUAAACUACAACGUCUGGCACUCGGUGCUGAAAGGAAAUCGGGCGCGGUGUCUUGCCCAGUCUGGUGAGCGGCACCGGGUGCAGUAACUGUCACCGGCACCCACAUGUGGUUCCGGCGCUUAGGGCGCCGCUGAACUCAGAGCCCGGGAGUCAUGGCCACUGGCGGUGACGCCGCAGAGACACCCGCCAUUUCACCCAGUAAGCGGCCCCGGCCUGCAGAGGAGGGCGGCAUGCAGCUCCGCUUUGCCCGGCUCUCCGAGCACGCCACGGCCCCCACGCGGGGCUCUGCCCGGGCCGCGGGCUACGACCUGUACAGUGCCUAUGAUUACACAAUACCACCUAUGGAGAAAGCUCUUGUGAAAACGGACAUUCAGAUAGCGCUCCCUUCUGGGUGUUAUGGAAGAGUAGCUCCACGGUCAGGCUUGGCUGCAAAACACUUUAUUGAUGUAGGAGCUGGUGUCAUAGAUGAAGAUUAUAGAGGAAAUGUUGGUGUUGUACUGUUUAAUUUUGGCAAAGAAAAGUUUGAAGUCAAAAAGGGUGAUCGAAUUGCACAGCUCAUUUGCGAACGGAUUUUGUAUCCAGAAAUAGAAGAAGUUCAAGCUUUGGAUGACACCGAAAGGGGUUCAGGCGGUUUUGGUUCCACUGGAAAGAAUUAAAAUUUAUGCCAAGAACAGAAAACGAGAAGUCAUACCUUUUUCUUAAAAAAAAAAGUUUUUGCUUAAAGUGUUUUGGUGUUUUGCACUUCUGUAAACUUACUAGCUUCACCUUCGAAAAGUACUGCAUUUUUUACUUUAUUUUUUUUUUUAUGGUCAAGGAAGAGAUCAUAAAAAAAUAAAACACAAAGCUUUUUGUGUUUGGAUCAAAAAGAAACUUUGUUUUUCUGCAAUUGAUGGUUGUAUGUAAAUCUGCUUUGUGGUGACCUGAUGUAAAGUGUCUUCUUAAAAUCAAAUGUACAUCAAUUACAGAUUAAAAAAAAAAACAAACCUGUAUUUAACUCAAAUGAUCCCCCUUCAGCAACUUAUUUUGCUUUAAUUCCUUUAAAUCUUAAGCAAUAUUUUGUAUUCAGUAAACUUAAAUUCUUACACAAGGUACAAAAUCUUGCAUAAGCUGAACUAAAAGAAAAUGAAAUGAAAAGGAGAGAUUAAA